GGAUAUUUUUAUAUAUAUAAUACGAAAUUUGUCUUCUCUUUACGACAAUCUUUCUUCGUUAAGAAUAAAAUAGGUGACAGGCGAUGAAGGGAAUAUAUCUACUCGCCAUCGCCUUUUUGGCAUUUUGGACCGUAACCACCGCGAGUAAAUUACCUAUUAUUUUUGAAACUGAAAACGAAUGUCCAGUGACGAACAUUACCACACUACCCAAAUUAAUAUUUCAUGAAACGAAUUGCACUAAAUAUUACGAGUGUAAAAACGGUCAGAAACAAUUACACUCUUGCAAAGUCGGCCUGUACUUUAGCCGAUACUGGCAGGGUUGCGUCAAUCGGGAGCAUUCGGAUUGUCGUUUAACAACUCUAACUCCGAUUCCGACAACUCAAACUUCGAUCCCGACAACUCCAACUUCACCAGAAUGUCCAUACCCGGACACUUGCCCGCUGACAUUAAUACCUAUCAAACCAGAUUGCACUAAGUAUUACGAAUGCAAAAACAGUAAGAAGGAACUACGCUUUUGUAAAGCCGGUUUAUACUUUAGCCAAUACUGGCAGGGUUGCGUUAGUCGGGAGAAUUCGGAUUGUAUUUUAACAACUCUAACUCCGAUCCCGACAACUCAGACUCCGAUCCCGACAACUCAGACUCCGAUCCCGACAACUCAGACUCCGAUUCCGACAACUUCGACUUCACCAGAAUGUCCAAACCCGGACACUUGCCCGCCGAAAUUAAUAUCUGACGAAAAGGAUUGCACUAAGUAUUAUCAAUGUAAAAGCAGUACGAAGGAACCGCGCUCUUGUAAAGUUGGUCUAUAUUUUAGCCGAUACUGGCAGGGUUGCGUCAAUCGAGAGUAUUCCGAUUGUCCCUUGACAAUUUCAACUUCGACGCCGACCCCGAUAACUCCGACUCCGACCUCGACAAUUCCGCAUGGAUGUAUAAACGGCGAUCUACUGGAACACGAAUGUACAUGUACUAAAUAUUACUUAUGCAUAGAUGGUUACAAAGCUCUACUUGAGUGUCCGCCUGGCAAGCACUUUGAUAUUUCAACGAAAACUUGUCAACCAGGUACAGGUUGCCUUCAAGUAGCUCCAAGUCCGAUUUCGAGUCCGACUUCGAUUCCAAUUACAUCCCAGUGCACAAAAGAUGAAUAUAUGCCUCAUGAGUAUGAGUGCAAGAAAUACUACGAGUGCAAAGUCGGUCGGAAAAUCUUGCGUGAAUGCAACGAUGGAAUGAUCUUCGACGAGGCGUUACAAACAUGCGUUCUAGGUCAAUGUUGAGAUGAUCCGAUCGAUGGAUAAAUUCUUUGGAACAUUAUACGCAAUCGUAAAUUAUGUCAUCGAUCAUAUGACCGAUCUCGAGUAAUCUCGACAUACUUGUGCUCCGACUGUUCAAAUCAGAAUAAUUUUUGGGACAUAAAUUACAUACAUAUUAUUACAUUUUUAUAUUAUUAAUAUUUAAAAAAUAUCAA